UCAGACUACCGUCUCAGCGAGAACUACCAGCAAGCCUCAAACUAUUUUUAAUUUUUUCCAACGCGAUACACUUCAGCGCCACCGCCAGGAUGUAUCUCCUCUGCACUUUCCUCUUCGCCAUCCUGGCCGCCCUCGGCGCCGCGCAGACGCAGCCGAAGCCCUGCAACGUCCCGUUGAUCCUCUACAACGGGCUCGGCUACGACUUCACCGUGAACGUGCAAAACUCCAGCUUCAGCUUCCACAAGACGCCCAUCAACUUCAUCCAGAUCCAGCCGACGCUCUACCGCUCCGUCAUCGCCGGGUCCGCCUCCGGCACUGGCGCGGCUCUCACGAAGCUCAGGAUGACCAACAACAGACUCUACCUGCAGGCCUACGGAGGGAAGAGCUACGUCGGGAUCACGCAGUUCGUGCCGCCGGCGGAGGUCUUCCGGUACCUGCGGUUCUCGUCCGCCGGCGGCGAGGAGCUGAGUGUCGUGGCGCACUGGACGUGCGACGAGAACGGCACGCAGCAGAUCGUGGUGGUUCCGCAGUCCGGCGGGCAGACGGGCCUGACCUUCUGCGUCGCCCAGGAUAGGGCCGGAACGUAUGACCUAUCCGUCAAGCCGGCUUUUGAAAACCAGAAUCCGUGUAUCGAUGUCGUGCUGGCUAUCCAGCAGGCUUGAAUUAUGGGCGGAAUCGGGCUGCGAGACGUAAAGAAUGGCAUAUAUCUAUGGACAAGGAACUUGGGCUGGUUGGGUGGACUUAUUUCCUUUUACUUGGCAGGAUUUCUGAUGGGACGAUUUUUUUUUGAUCUGGCUUCCCUAAGCCGUAUGGCAAACUCGUAAUAGUAUCAAGCAAGUUAUGGAC